AAAAACUCUCUCCUUCUUUCCUCCCGUUUCUUCUCCUCCCACGCCACCCCACCCACUGUAGCAGCUCCCCUCCUGCCACAACUUCUUCGCGGGUGGUUUGCUAUGUAGAGUUGAUUCAGCUGAUAUUGUUGGGUCGUGAAAAGAAUUACCCAUCUGGGCCCAUUAUUAACUUGAACAAGCCCAUUCACUAUGUCAGUCAAUAAGCCCACAACAAAUCCUGCUAAAGACCUAGCUAUAAAUUUGAGGCUUACUAUAUUACGUCUCUCCAUUUUCUCACGCUUAGGGUUUUUGAUCGAGCCGGAGCCGGAGCAGCACCCAUCCAUAUUGUCUUCCUUCCUCGCAGUCGAAAGCCAUGUCGAAGAGAAAGACUAGAGAGCCCAAGGAAGAGAAUGUCACACUUGGACCUGCUACUAGGGACGGCGAAUUGGUCUUUGGUGUUGCCCACAUUUUUGCCUCAUUCAAUGACACCUUCAUUCACGUGACUGAUUUGUCUGGGCGUGAGACCAUGGUCCGCAUUACAGGUGGUAUGAAGGUCAAAGCUGAUAGAGACGAGUCAUCUCCCUAUGCUGCUAUGCUUGCAGCACAAGAUGUUUCUCAGAGAUGCAAGGAAUUGGGUAUCAAUGCUCUUCACAUUAAACUCCGUGCUACUGGUGGCAACAAAACUAAGACCCCUGGUCCUGGUGCUCAGUCUGCACUCAGAGCCCUUGCGCGUUCGGGCAUGAAGAUUGGUCGUAUAGAGGAUGUGACUCCGAUUCCAACCGACAGCACCAGGAGAAAGGGUGGCAGAAGGGGAAGGAGGCUUUAAUUUGUCAUUUGUUGUCACUGUCAGGAAUCUUGGGGAUGUGGUUGAGAUCCUUUUUGUGAAGUUGAAAUUCUGUUAUUGGGGUUUGAACAAUUUUAGUUUAAACAUGAAAAUCUUAUGUUUGAUAAUCUGGAUAUCAUCAAUGAUCACUUAUCUUUGCCUUUUC